AUGUCUAUCACUCUCUUCUGCCUUGUCCAAGGAACGCCCGCUUUUCCUGUUGACAUUGACAAGAACCGGACCGUCGGUCAUCUGAAAGACGCUAUUAAGGCGAAGAAAGCACCAGAAUUUGAUAGUUGGCCUCCUGAUAAACUGAGACUAUGGAAGGUGGAAAUCCCAGUCAAACGCGACGACCUUAUUCAGGGACAAACUUUACAAGACGACAACCAGUUGCCGCCGACAGAUUAUCUCUAUGAAUACUGGACUGACACGCCGAAAAGAAGGCACAUUCAUGUCAUUAUCAAGUUGCCAUUUCUUCAGCCUAGAAGAGGCGCUGUCACAACUACGAGCACGGGUGGUGAUUCCCCGAUUGAAGUAGUGCUUUGGGACCGCUUUUUCGACGACGUGAAUAACUAUCCUUUCGAUAAAAAAGAGCCGAAAUUUGACAGACCGCAAUUUAAGAACGAUUAUGCGAAUGUGCGCAUUGAAGAGGACGUUCGCGAGGCUUUCUCGGUCAAUAUUUGUCAGAGAUUGAUGGAAGAUCCUUUCCACAACUUUAAACACGGAGGAUGUGACGAGUACAGCAUGUACACAGUAUACAACAAACGGCGUGGAGGAAUGGAUCUACCAAGAGUUGCAGUCAAUCCAGAGCCUGGGAAUUUACCAGAUGGAUUAUGGGAUUGGAGUUUGCUACCCUGGUCAGAAGAAACCCAGCCUACCGGAACGGCAUUAACACCGACCAAUACUUACCCGAGGUAUCACCGUGAGCCCCGAGUUAGUAACACAGAGUCCAGCAGCGAUGAGGACGUCAGAGACCUAUCA